AGAUUCCGAGGCGCCUGUCCGUUCGGCAACAACAGCCAACCCUCGUCACUGUUAACGCGCACUCGUUUUCUCGCCCUCGUUAUUCGCAUUCACCCGGUGUUGCCACGCGGGGGGACGACUGUUGUUGUUGUUGUUGUUGUUGUUUUUUUUGUUAUCAUUGUUUUCGUCGUUGCUGCUCCGUGGCCGCGGUCGCCGGGUGAUUUUAUCAUGCCAAAAAAGAAACCGAUACCGGUGGAAGACUUGGUGGUGCCGCCACAGGACACGCGCAUUUGCGGCACGAUAUGCAUCUGCCAGAUGACCGCAGUGCUGAGUAGCGUGGCAAUCGUGUACCUAACCGUGGCCAUAUACAUGCCGACCAUGCGCGAGUUCCAGUCGGGCAUAUCAGAGAACCCGGUGAUAUGCACGACCACCAGGAACGUGUCGUCACAAAAGUGCGCGUGGAGCUCAUGCAGCGAAUGGUGCCUGAGCAAGCCGUCCGGCGGCUGCGCGCAGAUCUACGUGAACAUCCGGCAGAACGGGUCAACACUGCUGUUGCACAACUGUUCGCACAUCGUGAACAAAACGUGCUUCGGAUUCGACCCGGAGAAUGCCAAGAAGUACACGUGCAUCCGAGACGAGUGCAAGAUGCUCACGGGCACGUUCAACUGUACGGAGGGCGUAUGCAUAAACAUUACAGACGCGUUCCGGUGCGAGUUUCGUAACAAAGAGGAGCCGCCGCUUCAGUGCAACCAGCACCGGGGCAAGAUCACGUGCAUGUCGAUAGCAGGCCUGAACACGUGCGACCGAGGCAAUUGCAGUCGCAUACUGGAGCCGUACAACUGCGAUAGACGGUGCGUGGACAUACCGACGCGCAACAAAAACGUGAUCGUGCUGAGCGGCGACCGGACGUUCCUGAGCCGAUGCGAUACGGCCGCGUAUCUGCCAGGCUACGUGGAUGGCGAACCGAUACCGCCACCAUCGCCGGACGGUAGUGGUGGCGGUGGUGGCCAGCGGCACGUGUGGUCCGAGGAACAGGGAGACAUACUAAUCGCCUCGUGCAUGAGCAUCGUGUUUGGCGGGCCGGACGAGUUGCUGGCUACGGACUGCGUGAAUGGGUCACUGUUGCGCAAAGAUAUGCUGGCCGACUUCGCCAACUUCUCACAUCUGACCAAUCUGAACGCUCAGAGCGACCGGCCAAUCACGGUGGACGACACGGUAGCGCCGCGCGAACACAAGCUGCUCAUAGCUAAGGAUAGUCACCUACACAUCAACCUGCAAGGCUGCGUUAACACGCUACGCGGCGAGUGCGACUUAUUCAUCCGGAAGUACGGCAAGGACGGGUCCGAUCACAACGCUCGCGCUCGGUUCCGUUGUUUCUACGCAACCGACAUACCCGAACUGGCUGUGGUCCGUUUUAACUUGGAGCGCACGUACAAAGAAUUUCUGAUCGCGUCCGUCGUACCAGUUGUUAUGCUGAUCGUGUCGUGCCUGACACUGCUGUUAUGCCAGAGAACGGUCGAGGUGGGCGACGACGCCAAGAUGCGGUUCAAGCACAAAAGCAUAAAGACGCUGUUUCCGCUGCACGACAGUGAGCUGGACAGUAUAACUGGCCGCAGACCAUCCACCAUGGAUAUGGACAACACGUCCCUCUGAGAUUCGCUACGCAUUCCCCUCUUACAAGACAGCCCUACACGUCAGCAACAAAUGUAUUCGUUGCCAGACUAUUAGAGCUCACGUUUGAACAGGAUCCGGAUUAUUUAUAAAUAAAUAAAAACCGCUUCAGACCAAACAAAUCCGGAUCAACGAGGGGAACGCGUAUCGUUAUCGUUAUAAUAUAAUACAAAUGAAAUUGUUAUUAGUGAAAAUAUUCACUCGUUUAAAAAUUCAAUGCAUCUAAAAUAUUUUGCACAUAAAAAAAAAUAUUGUGACUUAAUUCACAUCCUUUC